AUGGUCCAGAUCAACAUCCUCGCGGGCUCUCUCGCCCUCUUCGUCAUCAGUGUCAACGCUGGCCCCACGUGCCAUCCAUCAGUCAGAACAGCCGUCACCUCAACUUCUCUAUCAACCACAGAAACAUCCACCGCAGCAGCAGCAACAACCAGCGCGGCACCCGAUACCUGCACCGUCGAGAGCCCCCAAUACGGCAUUACUGGUAAAUACGAAGUCUACCGCGAUACCGUCGCCAGUUCAACAGUCCCCGUCGGUAGCUUUUCCUACUUCAACACUCUUGUCGAGUGUCUUGACCACUGCGACGACACGCCUGGUUGCCAGGGGGUCAACCAUGUCACCACUGGUAUUCGCCCUAUGUGCAUCAUUUGGAGUAAGAUGGGGAGCUUUGGCGAGAUGAAAGGCGUUACUGCGGCGAGAAGUAUUGGUGGUGUUCGAAGAUGGGCACGAUAG